AUGGCCUCAUCUUCUGGGGCGCGGCCGACGCCGCCACCCCUGCGGCUGACGCUGAAGAGCUACGACAAGCUGACUCAGAUCUCCAUGAAGGUCAGAUGGAUAGACGAGCAUGGAGAGGAGCAGAUGUGGAACUCCUGGGAAGAUGCCCUCUGCGGCCGCUUCGGGGCCACAAAGGUUCUUCCCUCCAGCAGUGCAGGGAUUCAGGUCCGCUUCCGGUCUCAACCAGGCGGCCGCAAGGUGCACGGAGUCGACAGGAAAAGCCGCUCUGCAUGGACUCGGCGUGGAGAGGAGGUCAUCGAGCUUCGCCCCGAUGCCUGGGACGAGGUCGGCGGCAGAGGAGUAGAUGCCUGGUUCGAGAUCCGCGGGCCCAUCACGCACUGUCAUGUCUGGCGAGCCUGGAAUUCUUGUAACGAAGGGAGGCCGGACGAGUGGGAGUGGUGGCCGGACUUCCCUGACGACCGCCGAGCUCCUCCGCCGGCCACGCUGCAGGCAGCGGAUGCUGCUGCACCAUGGCCAGGAAGCUGUGAGAUGUCACCAGCGUCCUCUUCUGCCUCUCCUUCCGAUGAAGCCACCUGCACCAGCACUGUCACUGGCGCCAUGUCAAGGCUCGUAGCCGCUGCUGCCGUUCUUCUCGCCGUGCGUCGGAAAACUCUGCAGACGCUGGAGGAACUCAACAAGCAAAUUACCAAACAGUGGUACAGGGUCAAUUCGGGAAACACAGCAGCAGCCGGCCUGGCAGUGGCGUCCUUUGGAUCUCUCUUCGUCGCGCCACCUUUGGCCAUCGCCUUCGGUGCGGGAAGCGCUGUCACAGGCGUCGGGAGCAGCACACAGGAUGCCGUGGUGGAAGCCGAGAAGGGGAGGAACCUAGCAAAACUCAUGGAGAUCGACCUGAGCGAGCAGCUCGGUUUUGAGUCCGUCGAGUCCGAGCUCCGCUGCGCACUGAGCUCUGCUGCUUCGCACCACCGCUCCUCGCCGCGGCGACAUGCCGGCCGCGCGUUGGCCGUGUACACCCAGACUGCGAACUUGAUGCUCGUUCGGUCGGCCAAGUAUGUCACCCUCACCCAGGCAGGCACGGAAACAAUGCUUAUCGCUGGCCGUGUCCUCGGCGGCUUGGGUGCUGGGCUUGCCGUGGGCGUGGCUGUGCACGGAUGGUCCACCACGAAGCCUAUGCAGAAGUUGGUGCAGGAGAAGAUUGCUGAAGUCGAGCGCUCGAUAGAGUACUUGGACGGGGUGCAUCAGCGUAUUUCCGGCGCCCUGCGCUGCCCAUGUUGCGAGGAGCCAUUGGGGCUGGGCGCAACGUCCACGCUGCGACGAUGUCCGCAGUUCCACUGCUUUCACGCUGCGUGCGUCGGGGAGGAUGGCAGUUGUCCGGUGUGUGCGAAAUCCGUGAGUGAUUUGCGGGCCGCUGACCAACUCCCUGCGCUGCUCGGUCUCGUGGGCCUGCGUGACCUCUGCACCCUGACUGUGGACUCUCUGACGCCACAGAUCCGGAAAGGCGCCGAGCUCGUACAGCGCCUGGGUGGGCGUGCGGACGAAGUCCGGCGGUUGAUCUCCGGAGUACAGAAGGAUGCAGACGAGAAGCGUCCGGGCGAGGAGACUCCCACCAGCCGUCAGCGUCGGGAGCAGGCCCUACAUGAGGAUGCCGAGACCCAUGAGGCCUGGCAGGAGUUCCUCGCUUCACGUGACCUCGCCGAGCUGGAGACGGAGGAGCUGGAGGGACUGCUCUCAGGCCGGCGGGGGAUGCCCCUGAAGUAUCGACAUCUGCUCUGGCCGAAGCUUCUGCCCCUCAGCAGCGGCGAUUACGAGGCGCUAACAGAGGCUGAGCUGCCGCAGAAGGUGUUGGAUCAGAUCAAUGCCGAUGUACCACGCACGAGGCGUGACCUGGUCGCUCCAGAGCGCCGCGAUGCACUGCGUCGGGUGCUGCAUGCAACAGCCGCGAAGCGGCCUCACGUCGGCUAUGCCCAGGGCAUGAAUCAGCUUGCUGCAGUGCUGCUGAAGCUUGGAUUCGACGAAGAGACGUGCUGCUGGCUGAUGGAUGCCAUCAUCGAGGAGCUACUCCCUGGCUGCCACCAUCCAGAUCUGCAUGGGCUGUUCCGUGACACGGCAGUGGCUGAUAUCCUGAUCCAGACAUUUCUGCCCAACCAUGCCAUGUUCUUCGAGUCGGCAGGCAUCGAGGUGUUGUGGUUCACCGUGGACUACUUCAUUACGCUGGGAUCUGCAGACUCAUCGCUGCCGUUGAUCGCGACAUUGUGGGAUCUCUGUCUCCUGAGGGGUCCCCGGGGACUCUUCAGUGGCUUCCUAGCAGUGUUGGAGAUGUACUUCCCGCUGCCAGGUGAUCCUGAAGAGCGGAAGGAGCUGUCAGAGCCAGAAGUGAUGAUGGCUCGCUACAAGGAAGCUCUUGCCGAGGCCUCCGGAGAGGGCCUAGCGGAUUGCGUAGCAGACUUCCUGCACCAUCGCCAGGGAGGCGUGUCCUCCGAGCUGGUCGCCAGUCUGCGAAACUCCGUGGGCGGCGCUGGCUGA